CUUCAAGCAGUCAGAUGUAGAUGCCAUGGCCAUGUGACUUGGAUGUGGCCGCCGUUUGAGCACUCCAGCCUGUCUAUCCGAUAUUCAUUUCCCGGCGUCCUCCGUACUCACUAAACAUACAGCUCAACCGACGAGCGCAGUCGCUCAGAAACCGUCGUUGAAAUGGCCAUUCUUCUUCUUUGAACGCCUUGGCGCGCAGCUUUGCCCCCAAUUCGAUAAGAAAACCACUCCACCCCGUAUUGGCGGGUGUUCCCGACCCUUUUUGCUCCUCAUCUCCAUCGCCCAGCCACUCGAGAUGGUCUCCCCCAUUCCAUUAUUAAGAGGGUUUCAACGGCAUCUCAUGUUGGGCAAUGCGUCGUGCAGCCGUGGGGUCUGUGGUGUUUGUAUGGCAUCCGUGACUCAUGUCCGGAUCGGGACCCCGACUACCUCUCAACGUCACCCUCACCUAUCGAGAAAGACAGGGAGGAAAGCUGGAUUAUUUUACCAAUCUUGGCAAUUCCGACCCGUCCUCUUCAUGUUGAAUGGCUGUUGAGCCUGGAAGAGUCACGGACAGACGUAUGGCUCAAUUGGCCUGUGUUUGAAUGCAAUGCUACCUGGUGCUCCGGGCGCUCGAUUGAUCACAGUUCGAGGAGAGCCCUCGAGACGAGAUGUCUCGCCUAACGGGCCCGUGGCUUGAGCUAACCAGGGGGUAGGCAGGUAUUCGAAGAUGCUACUCGUAGAUGCGGAAUGUGGAUGCCAUCCUCGCG